AGAGGGGGAGACGCACAGCACUGAACAAUGAAACACUGGGGGUCAGAUGCAGGCUGCGCGUGAAAGGACUGUAUCCCGAGGAGCACGAUGCAACACUUUUUGCAACCAGACCCAUUUAUGAGUCGUAAUGGCGAGGGGACGUGAGUGAACAGGAGCGCGGUCCGUCUCUCUGGCUCUUCGUGGCAGGCGACAUGAUGGUGUGUUUGCGAUUCCACAGGAGUAAGUCGGUGUGGGCCGCCGUGUGUGUGCUCGUGCUCUGCUGGCUCUACAUCUUUCCUGUGUACAGGAUGCCGAGCGAUAAAGACAUCGUGGAGGAAGUGCUGCGCCAGGGCCAGGCGUGGACCAAGAACCAGACUGGGAUCGACCUAUACAGGAAGCUGGUAGCUGAAUGCUGUGACCCAAAGAGGACGUUUGCAUUGACCAAGGAGAAUUCACAGAUUGGCAAAGUCCUGUGGUAUGAUGGCGAGCUCUACCACUACCAUACAGUCAACAAUGACACCUACCCAUUAUUUAUACAGGAUAUUCCUUUUCAGCUGCCAUUGAAAAAGUGUGUGGUGGUGGGUAAUGGAGGAGUUCUGAAGAACAGUGGCUGUGGAAAAGAAAUCGACCAGGCCGACUUUGUAAUGAGAUGUAAUCUACCCCCACUGUCCAAAGAAUAUACUGAUGAUGUAGGCAGGAAGACUCAGCUGGUGACAGCUAAUCCCAGUAUUAUAGAGAAGAGCUUUCAGAGCUUGCUGUGGUCUCGCAAGGCUUUCGUGGAAAGCAUGAAAGCUUAUGGCUCCAGCUACAUCUACAUGCCUGCCUUCUCCAUGAAGCCUGGCACAGACUUGUCCCUGCGUGCCUACCAUGCGCUGGCUGAUUCAGCGUCCAACCAGACAGUGUUGUUCGCCAAUCCAGACUUCUUAAAGAAUGUGGGACGCUUCUGGAAGCAACGUGGUGUACACGGCAGACGUCUUUCCACAGGCCUCUUCCUGGUGAGCCUGGCACUGGGAGUGUGUGACGAAGUGACAGCGUUCGGCUUCUGGCCUUUUGCACUGGGCCUCGACCAGCAGCCUGUCAGUCACCACUAUUACGACAACGUGCUGCCUUCAUCUAGGUUCCAUGCAAUGCCGGAGGAGUUCCUGCAGCUCUGGCAUCUCCACAAGAGCGGUACCCUGAGAUUGCGCCUGGGCCCCUGCAUUCACUAAAAUACCACAUAUAGGAUGAGGUAUUUUCUGUUUUUAAAUAAAUCUGCCACCCUCACCUACUCUUCAAAUUAGCAUGAGGUGAAAAGAGUGGCUGCAGCUCCUCCUCUAUCCCAAAACCCACCAAACUGAUUCCACCCCUAGUGUCUGCUUGAUCCCUGUGGGUAGACACUCAAUACCCCAACACACAAAGGUAUUCACACACACAGAAAGACACCCACACACUUUCUUUUUGGUUGCCAAGGGACUGUCUCAGUCUUGCCAAGAGUGGUGUGAGAGUGUAGAGUGGGGCAGAAGCGUGGGCUGGUAUAAAGCUAUAGCUGCAUUUACAGCAGCUGCUCUCCCAGAUCUUUUUUUCGUUUUGCAACCUGAAUGGGGGAAUAAGGAGGCAUGCAUGGAACAGGUAAUCAAAGACAUCUUAAAUGCUCUCUGAAAAAAGGAAAUGCAUUGAGAACAGCAGGAUUUUUGCCAAGAACAGCAGGAUUUUUGCCAAGACUACAUAUAGCCAUGACCAUAGUGGGUGGUGUUUAAUGAUGGCAAAAAAAAUGACUUUUUUUCUUCACCUUUUUGUUGCAAUGUUUUGUGGAUAAAUAGUUUUUGAUGCAGAAAUGAAACAUGGGAAAGUAUUAUUCUAUUUAUAGUUAUUUUUUGUGUGAUAUUCACAAUGUUGAAGCUUACAGUUGCAAUCAAAAUUAUCCAGCCCCCAUUGCAAAUCAGGUUUAUUGUCAGAAUUUAUAGACUUUCAGCUGUUUGCAAUGAACAAAUUAAACAAAAGCAAUUGAAAUAGUUCAACACAACAAAUGCUUCAAGUGGUUUCCCCAAAUUCAACUGAAAAUGCAACUUAUAAUGAUUUCUUCAGUUUCAAAAUUAUUCAACUCCUUGCAUCUUUAGUACUUAGUAGAGCACCCUUUUGCUAUUAUGACUUGCUGCAAAUGAGAUGUAUAGCUUCUGGUAAUGUUCCUGAGGAAUCUUAGCCCAUUCUUCAUGAGCAGUUCAGUAAUAUACUUUGAUUUGCGUGCUGCAACCGCCUUCUUCAAAUCCCACCAGAGAUUUUAUAUGGGGUUCAAGUCAGGUGACUGUGAUGGCCCUGUAUAAUCUUCUAGGACUUCUUCUGCAACCAAGCUUUGGUGGAAUUUGAGGUAUACUUGGGAUCAUUGUCCUGUUGAAAGGUCCAUUGAUGCCCAAGCUUCAGCUUCCUCACAAACGGCAUGACAUUUUCUCCUAGGAUUUCCUGAUACUUCAAUGAAUCCAUUUUGCCUUCCACACGCUGCAGGUUUCCAGUGCCAGAGGAUGCAAAGCAGCCCCAGAGCAUCACCGAGCCACCACCAUGCUUGACUGUGGACAGAGUGUUCUUUAUUCAUUCUUCUUCCUCCAGACAUACCACUGAUCCAUCAUGCUGAAAAGUUCACUCCACAGAACAGAAACCCAAAACUUCUGUGGAUUAUUAUAUCAUUUUGAGCCAACUUUUCUUGUG